AUGACCUCUUAUAUCCCCCAGUUUGUCCUCACUGGACCAGACACUGUUUCCUGUCUUUCUUUGUCAAGCAAACUUUUAGCCUCUGGUUUCGAGGAUGGUAGUCUUUAUUUAUGGUCUCCUGAUGAAUUAGCUGCCCCAGUUUUUGUAUUUUCCUCUCCCAUGGUUUGUACCGCUAUCUCGUUUUAUGCCAAUGACACUUCAAUUCUCUAUUCUUCUUACGAUGGAAAUAUUGCUCUUUGGGACCUCAGAAAUGGAACUAAACCUGCUACAGUAUGGAAGAUUAGCAAUGACGAAAUCAAUUCCAUCGACGUGCUCAGUCAAAAGGGAUGCCUUGCUGCGGCAGAUGAUUUGGGAAAUGUUUCAUUGGUUUCAACGACAACCGGCGAACUUAUUACCACCAUGUCGAAACAUGAUAAUAUUUGUUCAGCUGCGUUGUUUCGUCCAGGUUGGGAAAACCAGUUAAUUUCUGUCGGUCUUGAUUGCCGCCUUAUUGUGAGUGAUUGGCAGACCGAUGGUCGAUGCCUUGACCUUUUUGAAAUGAGCGACCUUGUUGAUGUCAAGUCUUAUGCUGACUUACUGUCUAACGAAACGCAUUUAUCCUCGGAUCUGUUAAGUAACGGAUAUAAUGAAAUGAGUGAGCCUUGCAGCGAAGAUUGUGAUUGUGAUGGGUCCGCAGAGGGCGAUGACUCCUCACUUAUAGAAGAUUCUGAUCAGGAGAGUAAAGCUACUUCUCAAAGCGUAAACAAGAAUUUUAUACGCGUUGCUUCUUCAUUUUCCCCUGAGGAGAUUCAGCAAUUCGUAGCGACACAAGUGUUAAGUCAAGGUCUACCCUUAAAUCCGCCAAUGAUUCACAGCCUCGUCUGCACCGAGUCUGGUUCUUACGUUAUAGCAGGCCUUGAAAGUGGUGCAGUUGAGGUUUUUCGUGGAGGAAAGCAUAUUGAACAUGUAGAAUCUUUAAUUGGACACCGGCGAAGUGUUGCUGCUCUGCUUCCCAUUGAGGAAUCUCAUCUACUAAGCGGUGGCAAUGAUUGUUGCCUGUUCCUUUGGGAGAUAUCUACAGGCGGCUCAAGUAAGAAGUUUGUCCACUCGGGAAAAAUAAACUCUCUUGCUGGUCGCCAUCUCAGCAAGAUCUACUUGGCUGACAACUCGCCAAAAAUCCAGGUUCGUCCGCCCCAGUUUCAUCUUUUCAAAACCUUCAUCGAGUAA